UUCUGGUUGUGCACUCAAACCCAGAAAACAAGACGUUAAUUUAAACAAAAGACAGCAUUUGAUGUCUUUUUGUGUGACUUCCACCACAUAUAUUGAACCAGUGAAGAAGUAAAUGAUUAAUAUGCUGCCGUUGCUUGGCCUAAUUAUGAGUCUGUUGGAAAAGUGAGAUUCUCAUUAACUCCUGAAUUUGUUUACAGUCUGAUGGCCUGGGGGACAAAGCUGUUGCAGAACCUGGUGGUCCUGUGGUUUCCAGAGGCCAGCAGGGUAAACAGUCCGUGGUGGGGGUGUGAGCCUGAGACACGCAGUGAUUCUGACAACAGUCCUGGAUGGAGGGGAGAGGGUCUUGAUGAUCCUUUCUGCUGUCUUUACCACUCGCCUCACAUCCUUCCAGCCGGAGGCGCUGCAGCCUCCAAACCACACAGAGAUGCAACUGGUGACAACAGCAUUUCAGCAGGAGACUCCAGCAUCAGAGGGAGCUGAGGAGCCUUUCAGAUCACACAGAGCUUCGUCUCACCCUCUGCAGGUCUGUAUCUCUACACUAGUGACCUUACAAAUGAGCAUGCUGCAUCAUUGUGAGACUUGGUGUUUCUGGGCAGUGCAAAGUGGAAGAGAGCACAUCAGAGUGCAGGGUAUCUGUGAGCAGCAGAGCACAGAGAGGCAGGCACAUCCGCCGCUGGAGGGAUCAAAUCUGUACCAUCUGACGCUCAAGGAUUUAUGGGUUUAGCCAAAAUUGCUUUUCCCACUGUGGAGAUUAAGCACCGUAGGAUGUUUUCCACUCAGGCCGUAGAAUAGCCCAGUGUAGCUGCUGCUGCUGUUGCUGUUUUUCCCCCUUCUUAUCAGCUCCGGCGCUGGAGAAGGGAAUGUCUCAGGAGGGAAGAGUGCUCCAAAGCCUGGUGGGGAGUAAAUUCUGAUUGACAGAAGAGGUCUGUCCUCUGGGGAAUGUGAACCAUGCAGGUGGAUGCGGUCUUUGUGCUCUUCUGUGUUUGGCUCGCAGGCGCAGCUGGGAAGAUGGUUCAGUCGAGAGGUCACAAACUCGAAACCUACAAACAAACAAGGUCACGAAGAGAAACCAGAAUGGAUGGAGGAGGUGGGCACAAGACUGGGAGCCCAAUUUAUAAACGAAGCCCAGAUCUGACAAAAUCUCCAAUGACAAAGUCUGAGCAGCUCCUGAGAAUAGACGACCACGAUUUCACCAUGAGACCAGCAUUUGGAGGUCCUCCAAUCCCUGUUGGAGUAGAUGUUCAGGUUGAAAGUCUUGACACCAUCUCUGAGGUGGAUAUGGACUUCACCAUGACGCUGUACCUGCGUCACUACUGGAAGGACGAGCGGCUGUCAUUUCCAAGCACCAACAACCAGAGCAUGACCUUUGACAGUCGCCUGGUGAAGAAAAUUUGGGUUCCUGACAUGUUCUUUGUCCACUCUAAGCGCUCUUUUAUCCAUGACACCACCACUGACAAUGUUAUGUUGAGGGUUUAUCCUGAUGGCAACGUGCUCUAUAGUCUCAGAGUCACAGUCACUGCCAUGUGCAACAUGGACCUCAGCCGCUUCCCUCUGGAUACCCAAACCUGCUCCUUGGAGAUUGAAAGCUAUGCGUACACAGAUGAUGACCUGAUGCUGUACUGGAAGAAAGGCAACGAAUCCCUGAACACAGAUGACAGAAUAUCUCUGUCCCAGUUCCUCAUCCAGAAAUUUCACACCACAACAAAACUGGCUUUUUACAGCAGCACAGGCUGGUACAAUCGUUUGUACAUCCACUUCACCCUGCGGCGCCAUAUCUUCUUCUUCCUACUGCAGACGUACUUUCCUGCAACCCUCAUGGUCAUGUUGUCCUGGGUGUCCUUUUGGAUUGACCGCAGGGCCGUCCCCGCUAGAGUACCACUAGGCAUCACCACAGUGCUGACCAUGUCCACCAUCAUCACCGGGGUCAAUGCUUCCAUGCCUCGAGUCUCCUACAUUAAGGCAGUGGACAUUUACCUCUGGGUCAGCUUUGUUUUUGUCUUUCUGUCAGUUAUAGAGUAUGCGGCAGUGAAUUACCUCUCAACUGUGCAAGAGAGGAAAGAGAGGAAGCUGAGGGAGAGGCUGCCGUGUACAUGUGGCAUCGGAAACCCAGACGAGAUGAUGAUUGACCCCCAGAUCACUGGCUAUGGGUCCAUGGAUGUCAACACUACAGGGAAUUAUGGGAUGCCAGAGAAUGGUGGCCGUCAAGAACGAAUUCUGGCUCAAGUGUCGUUGAAUGACCCACAGAUUGCAAGCCAGGUGAAGCCAUCCAGAGGUUACGUUAACAUCUGGAUAGACACCCAUGCCAUAGACAAGUACUCGAGGGUCGUCUUUCCUGGAGCAUACAUCCUCUUUAACAUCAUCUACUGGUCCAUAUACUCAUAAAUGGAGAUGUAUUAAAUGGUCUGAGAGCUGUUCAUGAUAGGACCACAGGAGUUCAGCUGGAAAUAUAACUUUGCGCUUCCCGUGCUUUUCAGAGAGAAACUCCUCAUUAGAUGCAUGGGGAUCAUUAACAGAUGGGUAAUCAUUGCCUUCUUUACCCAGCCACUUAAAACUGACGAGUUAAAAAAUGAGCAGGGGUUGCCACUGUUUUUGUUACUCCAUCAAAUCUUUGUGGUUUCAUGUAGUUUCUGUACCAUCGAUGGAAAGAUGUUUGGACAUUGUUGUCACCUGGGGAUUUAUUGCGCAAUGAGAUGCUCAGACUUGGAUUCGUGAAGUUAAACACUACAUUUCUGGUUCUCCAUGCAGUGACUGACCAGAUUUUCAGCAGAACUGAAAACACAUUUACUGGUAUUUCCAGUGCAUGGACUGAUCUUCUCUUAUAAGCUGUACAUGACAAUCAUAGACAAACUAAGUCUUCAGAGGAAUAGUUUUACACUUUCUUGAAAAGAAAAAAAUGGUUUAUUCACUUUCUGGUUGAGAAAAUCAAUGGAAUCUAUUCAGCACCAGUUAGUUUUGCCUAAUGAGUGUCAACAAGGUGAAACAGUUUGCAUUUUUAGCUCUAUCUAAACCAAUAAAUGUUACCUGGUUAGGCUUCAAAUUGUUGGCAACGGAUUUUGUCACUGAUUGUUGGGCCAAACCCUCUAUAGAAGACCAAAAAUGCCAAAAUCACAACCUAAAUAAAUAAAUACAGAAAUACUGAAAUAUAUACUUGAAUGUGAUAAUUAUUAAUUCUUCAAUUUAAUUCUGUCUUAUUUCAUUCUUAAUUGAUUUUUACAUGCAUAUAUUUGUUUAUUUCAAAAUUAGUUCCUUCUUUAUUUUUUGUUGUAUAGUAAUUAGGAGGGCAUUGCUAACAUAGUUAUAAAGCAGGAUUGACCACAUGUGAGAAUCAUACUGUCUCAUUUGAAACACAGAAGUAAAUAAAUGAAUAAAUAAGUCUAUAAAUACAUAAAUUACUGUGGAAAAAAAUAAAUAAAGCUAAGAAUACAUGAAUAAAAGCAAAAUAUAUAUAAAAUUAUUUAAUAAUUUCUAUAUUUCUUCACACAGUUUGUUUGUCUUUUUAUUCAUGAUAAUGGCAUUUUUGGUCCUCCAUAGUUGAUGAUUCCCUUUUUGUCUGGUCUCUGUGCUAAGCUUAAGGCAUCUGUCUUCUUGCUGUGGCUUUAUUUUUACUAUACAAACAUUAGACUGUACGAAAAAAUGAAUGUCGUUCUUAUGAAAUUGAUUUGUAGACGGCCAUUUGAAAAUCUGAAAUUUAGCAUUUUUCUUGUGACUUUCUUGGUUUCAUUUGCUUCUGUGCCUGCAGUAGCCACCCCCGAUAAUCGUCCUCACUAGGAAGCCAAAUGUAUUGAACUGUUACAAAAUCUCAAAAUCACUAAAUGAAACAUUUUAAAAACAUCUAAAAAGUCACAGGUCAGCUUCUCAGACUUUGUAAAAACAAAAACACUUGCUUGCUUUUUUUUAACAUGAUUAUUUGUAUGAUAAAAUUUAUAUUUUGUCUGUGAAACGGUGAUGUAUUGACACUGAUAUAUUGUCUGACAAAAUUUCUCUUUGGUCAAAUACUGAACUGGCAGUACUGAUCUUUGGUGCCCAUCCAAUAAAUUACUUUAGAUCUUCACUACAUGUAUUAUCUGGGGUUUGGACGGGCAUGGAAGUAAAGACAACUUUCUCUUUGGAGGUAGCAUGCUGCUGCAAGGUUUAAUACAGCAAGUAAUAAAGGCGGAUUUAUGGUCACGCAGCAUCAGCGUCAGUGUAGCUCCGCACAGGCUCGACGCGUACCUCUUCCAGACCUGACAUGCACCCCUAC